GAGAAUUUUGUGGACUUGCUGCACAGCCUGUGACGUCGGUCUCCUCCGACUGAGAGAGAGCAUUCAGUUUGGAUGCCCACUUGUACACUGCAGAACACAUACUCAGCUUUAGGAGCCCAACUUUCUAUGUGAAGGGACCCCCCUGGUGCUAGAAGACAAGAUGAAUGCUCUGCUACUCUUCGCUCUGUUCUCAUUGGGCAUUGCACAGAACUUCGACGAGGCUUACAGUGACCUGGAAUCCUACAAUCUCAGGACCAUCUACAUCACAGAAAAUGGCCCAAAGCUCUCCGUGGUGACAGACCAAGCCAAGGUCAUCUCUCGUCGAGGGGGCAACGCAACACUGCCGUGCAAAUUCCACCGGGACCCUGCCUCUGCUCCCAACCCCAAGCUGAGGAUCAAAUGGACUAAGCUCACCGCAGACUACCUGAAAGAGAUAGACGUCUUUGUUGCCAUGGGUUACCACAAAAGGAGCUACGGCCAGUUCCACGGGCGAGUGCAUCUUCAGGGAGACGGUGACAAUGACGCCUCGCUGGUCAUCACUGAGAUCACCCUAGAGGACUAUGGGAGAUAUAAGUGUGAGGUCAUCGAUGGGCUGGAAGACGCAACUGUAGUGGUCACCCUCGAUCUCCAAGGUGUGGUGUUCCCUUACUUCCCACGGCUGGGGAGGUACAAUAUGAACUUCCACGUGGCGGAGAAGGCCUGUCAGGACCAGGAUGCUACGGUGGCCUCGUUUGACCAGCUGUACGACGCCUGGAGGGCGGGGAUGGACUGGUGCAACGCCGGGUGGCUGAGCGACGGUUCCGUGCAGUACCCCAUCACCAAGCCCAGAGAGCCCUGCGGGGGCAGGAACACGGUACCGGGAGUGAGGACCUACGGGAAGCGCGACAAGGACAAGAACCGCUACGACGUCUUCUGCUUCACAUCAAAUUUCAACGGUAAUUUCUACUACCUGAUCCACCCGGGCAAGCUGACGUACGACGAGGCCGUGCAGGCGUGCCAGCGCGACGGCGCCCAGAUCGCCAAGGUGGGCCAGAUGUACGCCGCCUGGAAGCUCCAGGGCUACGACCGCUGCGACGCGGGCUGGCUGGCCGACGGCAGCGUGCGCUACCCCAUCACCCGACCCCGCCGCCGCUGCAGCCCCGACGAGGCGGCCGUGCGCUUCUCCGGCUUCCCCGACCGCAAGCACAAGCUCUACGGGGUCUACUGCUUCAAGGGCCAGGGGCACGACUGAGGGACGAGAGGGGUGGUGAAGGGAGGGAGCGACAAUGAACACCCGAAACCAUCGAGAAACAAGCAGUGGUUAUUGAAAAUAGAGAGAAAGAGAGAGAGAGUGAGAGAGAGAGAGAGAGAGAGAGAGAGAGUGAGAGAGAGAGAAAGAGAGAGAGAGUGAGGUGAGAGAAACAGUAAGAUCAUGCCAGAGGAGUUGCUACUAGGAAUGCAUUCAAACUGUGAUUCUUUUUUCUUUUAAAAUACUGUAAAAGAAUGGAUGCCAUAGGGAUGGGUGAGAGUAAAUUUCAUACAGUAUCAUCUUUUUUAAACGCAUAUUUUCUUUCACUUCAAUGUAAUUCAUCUAUAUUUUUUAUUUAAUUCCACAUCAUUGGUCAAGAGGGGGGUGGUUAGGGCCGGGGAUAUUUGUGAGAAAAACAAACACGCCAUGACAGGGUGGUUAUCCAGUUCCCUGAGGGAAGUCCGUGGACUGGUGAAACAGUAUAGCUUCUCAAUAUUGGACUGAUACUUUGGGCACUUAGCUUUAUUUUGAUAAAUUGACCCAACAUCCAAAGAGAUCACAGGAGCAAGAUUCUGAUGCAAGAGGAAAUACGAUUCCACAAUGGGAUGCUAUACUUACAGCAUGAAAGCAUAGCACAACACAUUUUUCUUUCUUUUAUUAUCAUAACAGGGUGCUAUUACAAAUGACGUAUUUUGACCUUUGACCUUACCUUUGUGUAUUGUGUUGUAUUACAGACAUCAUAUAGUGUGUGUGGACCAAACUGUCAGCCUUACAUUAGCCAUCUUGUAAAAAUGUUGUACUAUUUAGAACUUAUUUGAAAUUUUGAUUACAUUUGAUAUUACAAUAUAGAAUGUCAGCAUUUAUAAUGUUUCUGUUUAGUGAUAAUUUAAUAGACCUGUUGAAUAUAUAAUUUAAUCCCUCCUACUAUUUUAUUUAGUGACAUUCUUGACCCUUGCAGUUUAUACUCGUUCGGUAUAUGAUUUUUUUUACCCCCACAGUAAGUCAUAAAAAGCGUUGAACUGGAAUCAGUCAGAAGAAUCUGAGGAUCUAUGUCAAGAUGCAGAGAUAGGAAUGUGUUGCAGCAUCAGUCGCAUCAGUCCUACUGUUUCAUGUUGUUCAAAUGCCAGCAUUUUCCUUUAUUUUCAUUUCUUUGAUGUCUUUUUCCUUUUGAUUCACAUCUGUGAUCUUACAUGCAGUAGCAGCCCCCCCCCCCCACAAACAAUCCAGCGAUGAUCAAAACUAGAGAGCUCGCUGUGGUAGAGCUUAUGCACAAGCUAGCUUACUUACAGAGAUGCUACGCCCUAGCUGGGCUGCUGUAUCUCAACCAAUGGAAGCACAUACACUGCACCGAGAGAAAAAAAAAACAAACUAAGAAGGUCUUAUUUUUCAGUUUGCCUGCUGCCAAUGACUCUGCUCUUGCUUCAAUGCUUUAGCGUUAAAUGAACUUUCAGCUGUAGUAAAAAAACGCAAUGGUGGACAGUUACUGUUACGCUCAGAUUUAAAGGGAUGAAGAUCACAUUCUGUGGCAGCACUCAAGUCACUGUGAAAAUCAUGUAGGGACAAUCCUAACAAGUAUUGAGAUCACUGGUCUUGACUUAAAUCAAUAGGGCAUAGGUAAACAUACACAAAUCAGACAUCCUGUAAAAUGUCUACAUUUCAAUAGACAAUGUACAUUAACUACACUGACAUUACACCGAUAUGUACAUUGACUUUCUAAACCAGUAUUCAAUAGUGAAGUGUGUUCAGUUUGCCGUUAGGAUACAUGAUAUAGCCUACAUAGCUAAAUUUACCAUACAUCUCCCUUUUUUUUAAAAAAAAAAACAAACUUUGAAACUUAAGUUCAUCAUUCAAGUGCUUGUUGUAUUGUCCAUACACAGAUUUUGCUCAGGAAUAGAGUAUUGUCGUAUUAAGUGUGACAUCCCCUGAAAAAUAAACAAAAAGAAACAAAAAUAUUACAGAUGACAUGUUCCAGUACCACCAAUCCAACACAAGCAGAACUAUGGCAAUAGCACAGCUACUGUACAUGUUUAGUUUAUAGUUAGCGAAGAUAAUACUUCAGUGUACGUUACGGGAGAGACUUCCUUGUAUUUCACACCAGUUGUAUGAACAGACCUUGCAGGUAAAGGUAGCACAUAAACACAUGCACGCACACACACACACACACACACACACACACACACACACACACACACACACACACAGACACACACAUAUAUACACACACAUACACACAUAUACAGACAGACAUACAAAUCGUUUGGCAUAUUUCAUUGUGAGCAUGAUGCAUCAAGGCCAUGUUGGUUAUUGAAGCUUAAAAGAACAAUAAAAACCUCAUUUCUGAGUCACUCUAAAGCUUCCUUUGAGUCUCUGAAGCGAUAAAACAAAGGAGGACCAAAAUGUCUCACGGUCACAGUACUCAUCGUUUAAUGAAGUGUUUAAAGUGUCAGUUGGCUACAGCUGACUGACUUAAUUAUG